AUGGCAUCUAUUAAUUGGGAAGAAGUUGUUGAUGCGAAGCGACUACAGCAGACAGACGCCAUCUCCACUUUCACUUCGGCCGAACUCACAGAUGUCGACAACAAGAGAGAGCACUACAACUCCAUCACCGAUAUUGACGAAAUCGCUCACCUCGCAGGAGAAAUAGAGAAAGGGAAAUACUCUAGUGAGGAUGUCACAAAAGCUUACAUCUUACGUGCCAUUCAAACACACAAACGAACAAACUGCCUCACAGAGAUUCUCUUCAAAGACGCUCUAGCCCAAGCUCGAGAACUUGAUGCCUACUUUGCCGCAGAGGGAAAGACCAAAGGACCUCUCCACGGAAUUCCCAUCAGUUUAAAAGACCAAUUCAACGUCAAAGGCCAUGACACUACUCUAGGCUACACAGCCAGGUCCUUCAAACCAGCUUCCGAAGAUGCGGUGCUGGUAAACAUACUCAAGAAGUUGGGCGCUGUCAUCAUUUCCAAAACGAAUCUCCCGCAAAGCAUCAUGUGGGCUGAGACUGAUAAUCCUCUUUGGGGCUUGACGGAAAACCCAAUCAUCCCUGGGUACACUCCUGGAGGCUCGUCGGGUGGUGAAUCGGCGCUUGUGUUUUCACGCGGAAGUAUUGUUGGGUUCGGAACAGAUUUGGGUGGGAGCAUUCGCAUGCCAUCCCAUAUCAUGGGUCUCUACGGCUUCAAGCCAAGCAGCUCCCGAUUACCUUAUGCUGGCGUACCAGUUUCCACUGACGGUCAAGAGCAUGUUCCCUCGUCUGUCGGUCCACUUGCGCGCUCCAUGUCGUCUAUCCAUGAUAUAACAAAGGCAAUCAUACUACAGGAACCUUGGACUCAAGAUUGUCGCUGUAUCCCCAUUCCAUGGCGCCAAGGCGCCUAUGAUGAUGUCCUGAAGCGCAAGCUGACAAUCGGCGUCAUUCGCGAUGAUGGAGUUGUAAAGCCUCAUCCUACCAUCACAAGAAUGAUUGAAGAAGCGGUCGCAGCACUUGAGGCAGACGGCCACGAAGUUAUUGAGUGGAAGCCUGAGUUUCAUGCCGAGUGUAUAGAAGUCAUGGACGCUUACUUCACUGUGGACGGCUGCGAAGACAUCCGUCGUGAUGUAGAAACAGGAGGCGAACCCUUCAUUACCGCUGUACAGAGACUUAUCGACCGCGGAAAGCCCAUUUCCGUGUAUGAGUAUUGGCAACUCAACAAACGCAAGCGACAGCUCCAGCAGGCCUAUCUUGAAAAGUGGAACAACGCCAUAUCGUCAAAGACUGGUAGAGUUGUCGAUGCUCUCAUAACGCCAGCUCUGCCACACGCUGCUGUACCACAUAACAGCAUCAAAUGGGUAGGAUAUACUAAAGUCUGGAAUCUGCUAGACUAUACAGCUUUGGUUAUACCAGCUGGGAGGGUUGAGCCUAAAGAUCUUGAAGCGGCGAUGGAUUAUGAACCGAGGAAUGAGAUGGAUGACUGGAACAAGAAGCUUUGGGAAGAGAACAAGAAUGAUAUGGUACAAAACCGGCUACCAGUGGAUAUCCAGAUUGUUGGGAGGAACGUGGACGAGGAGAAGGUAUUGGCUGUUGGUAGAAUUUUGGAUGACCUCCUAAAUUAG